GUUUCAGGGAGAACGAGAGCGAGGACGGGCGGCGAUAUGGCGCUGACAAUGACUGCCCAAUGUCUCAGGAAUAACCCGAUUCACUCGGGGCUGAAUGUUAGGAUCUUAUUCAUGAUGUCUUUUGUUUCAGGUGUGGUAUAUGGCAGUCAGGUGGUCGUCCCCCCUAAAGUAAACGCAGUGCUGGGCAAGAACGUCACCCUCGGUUGCACGGUCCAGGUGGAUACAAACCUCAGCUUGACCCAGAGCUCUUGGGAGAGGAAGCUGCCCACCGGCUGGGUGACCCUGGCUGUAUAUAACCCCACAUUCGGCAUCUCCAUUCCAACCGAAUACGGGCGGCGCCUUUCCUUCCGCUCACCCUCGCCGCGCGAUGCCACCAUUGUCCUGGAAGACGUGGGUUUUGCUGACGUGGGCAUCUACACAUGCAAGGUGGCCACCUUUCCACUGGGUAACACGCAGGCCUCCACGACCGUCAGUGUGCUAGUGGAACCAAAGGUAUACAUCUCAGCCGGAUCUUCCGCUCUAAUCGAUGGUGGAAAUGAAACCACGGUAGCGACGUGUAUCGCAGAGAGAGGACGGCCUCCCGCUGAGGUCUCAUGGGCGACAGAUCUGUAUGGCACAUCUGACGCCCACAUGCACGAAGAUGCCAACGGCACCACUACGACAAGAGUACACUACACCUGGCACCCCACCCGCCAUGCCCAGGGUCACACUUUAACAUGUGUGGUAAAACACCCUGCCCUCCAUAAAGACUUCAGGAUCCCAUAUACCAUCAAUGUACAAUUUGCUCCAGACAUCCAGGUGCUGGGCUAUGACGGCGACUGGUAUGUUGGCAGGGAGAACGUACGACUGCAGUGUCAAGCCAAAGCCAACCCACCCGCCCAUCACUUCAGAUGGAUCAGGUUGGAUGGAGAGAUGCCAGAUGGAGCGCAAGUGCUGAAUAACUCUUUGGUGUUUACGAAGCCCCUGCAGAAAAACGAUUCUGGGGUUUACAAGUGUGAUGUGGCCAAUGACAUCGGACUCCAGAGUCGAGACAUUCGAAUACGAAUUCAGGAUCCUCCCUCAACCACCACCAUGCCCCCCACCACCCCUGUGCGCCUCCUAACCGCAGACAUCUCUGCCACAGAGCCUGGUAAUAAGCGACGAGCGCUCAUCACCUCUCCGACCCUGGCGCCUCUGCCGGAGGGUAGUCUGGGUGCCAUUGUGGGCGGGGCAGUGGGCGGAGCCCUCUUCCUCCUGUUGCUGCUCAUUCUGGCCGGAAUUUAUUACCAGCGUCAGCGUCGGACGUUCAGAGGCGACUACUAUACAAAGCAGUAUCACGGCCCGUCUGACAUGCAGAAAGCUCCCCAGCCUCAUGAGCUGCAGCAGGUGCACAGCAAAGGCAGCCCAGACACCAAGCUCAAAUCCAACCAGGAUAAUGGCACGAUCUACCCGGAUAAGGAUCGAGAAGAAUGGGGAGAUUUCGACCGCGAGAGGUCCCCCAACGGUCGCAGCAGAGCCCUGAGAGAAGCAGGCACUCCGCUUAACCAUCAAAACCAUCACAACCAUGAGCAUGGCUACCACAACAAUCAUCACCUCAACCAUCAAAGUUUCAGUCCGGCCCACCAGAACCAAAGGAGCUCACUGCAGCCAGAGCCGCGCAGGUACGCAGCACCGCAAGUCAUGAGCAACGGCUCCCCCUACCUGCCGGAGGAGUGCUACGACAAUGAUUAUGUGUCGCACACAGAUGGCUCCAUGAUCUCCCGCAGGGAGUGGUAUGUCUAACAAGAAAGAGCAGGAAAGACUGCAAAGACAUUUAGGAAAUGCAUCAGACUGCAACAACGACACAAAGAUGGCAGAGUGACAGUAUGUAAAGACAAUAAGUAGGAAUAGUACUCUUGCACCUUUUCUAUAGAUGAUUACACAACCUCAAUUUGCAGUAGUGUUUUUUUGUACUGUACAUUAGUUAACUGUUCAUAGUUAGCUUGUUUAAAGAUGUUUUGGGACCAAGAGGCAGUAUAAUUUCUUCAUUUGUUAAAGAAGAGACGGUCAAUUUAUGUACUAUAUCCAAUAAACCUAUAGAGGUUUGAGUUCAGGUGCGAUUUAAGUUGGGUUGCCAAAUCGAUAAUUUUCCUCCUUUUCUUGCGGUGCACGGUUAAGGUGCACCGUUUAAUGAUUAAAAAGCUGUUAAUAUCGAACGAAUAAAAUGUAAAGUAUGCAGAUAACCUGUCGAUAAGUGUUUCAGCUUAGCACUAAGAGUUUUUGUGAGUCACGUCAACUUUCAAUAGUGCCGUCACUGUGAAAGAGGCAGAAAUUAGCUCCCGUCAACAGCCAGGCGGUUUCCAUGGCAACAUUUAAUUCUCUACUGGCAUUCAGCGUUGGAGUGCUAUUGGGCGGAGCCAGACGGGGACAACGGUGCACGGUUUGAUGAAGCCAAAAUGGGAGAAGAAAAAUACAGACAGAUGAUUGCUGAAAAGGGACGACUGUAAUUUUCAAUUCAUCAUCACUGUAUUCUUUUGUACAAAACUCUUUGCCUGUGUGUGUGCGCAAGUCUGCAAAUGAGAAUGCACAUCCAUAACUACUGCCAUUGUUCUUCAAAUUAUAUAUAAAUAUGUAUUCAGUAAUUGCUGAAAGCUGUCCCAUAUCAGUGUAGCUCUCUAUCUGGCUUCAUUUCACAGAGCAUCACUACGCAGUAUUAGGACCCACCUGUAUACAACAGCUGUUGAUCUAUCAGUCUAGUACGCAUUACGUCACCGUUAAGCUUGUGUGCUUGUCUCGUGUGGUUUCGUGUGUAUACAAGAGUGAGAGAUUUCUAUGCGAGUGUUUUUCUAUGCCCGUAUACAAUCCACUGUGUAAAUUUAGUUGGCUACUGUUAACCUACACAGUGUUUCGAAUCAGUCUGUGCAAUAGGGUGAAAUCUGAGGCCAAUGCUUCACUCUCUGACAGCGUUUAAUGCAAAAGACGAUAGCCAAACACAGAUUAUUAUUAUUAUUGGUCAUAAAGUUUAUAGUGUUGGCUGGAUCAUUAUAAGCUAGUAAGUGCAUAUGGUUGGCUUCAGGAAAAUGCUUCUGGAUGAUAUUGUAGUGCCUUAAACUGAUUGUGUGCCUGUAAGCAUUACUGGGAGCAGGUAUUGUAUUUUCAGAAGUUAUGAAUGAUGAAUGCGAACAGCUUUAAGGCAUUGAAUGGUCAGGUUGGAUGAUCCUAAAAUGUCUUGUACAUCUUGUUUGCUUUUGUCUGUUUCAUGCCUUCUUUAGAAGGUUUUUUUUUUGUUUUGUCACUUGUAUGAUAUUUUUUUCCCUAAAAUUAUCAGACAAUAACAAAUUGUUUUGCUCUCAUAUGACGUGUGACACUCGAGUUACAGUGCACAUUAAGGAGUUGUAAUAAAAUUAGUAAAACUUUCAGUAAAAAAAAUCUAUGUGUACAGGUUUGAACAAUGUAGAGAUGAUUAAAAUUAACAAGGUUAUAUGUAUAUAUUCAGGCAUUUGGGAAAGCCUUGUUUUAGUUUGUUUGUUUGUUUGUUUGUUUGAAUUUAUUGUUCCUAAGGCCUAUAAAAAUGACUUCUAUAGGAAAUUUCUGUGAAACGCACUAGAAAGUCCCAUUUCACAGGUCACCAUGAUGCUGUUUCUUUAAUCACCCUUUGCUACAUCUUGUUCACUUUUUGGUUUUACAAAAAAAAUAAAAGAUCUAAUGUUAAAAAAUAAAAGAUUCACAAAGAAAUGUAUUUGCAAUGUAUAAAUGAUACCGUGCAUUAUUUUGUAAAAUCAACUUUUUUGGGAUACGGUUUGUUUUGAAAUAAAGCACCUUUUUCUGUGA